UACGAAAAGUUAGCCUUGGGCCGCCGCCGCCGCUCUCGCUCGUGCGCGCCGUCGCCGGCGGCUCGCCGGACAGGGCUCGAGACCUCUACGGCGCCGUCUCUCUUCCUCUAGCUUUUUUGUUUUGCCCCGAAGAAGGUUCCUCCACGACCUGUUGCCGACCCUGAUGGCGCCGCCCACGCGCGUAGAACGGAGGCGGAGGAGUAGCCGCGCCCCCGCGGUGGCCGCGGCGGAGGAUGACGGCGAGGAGCACCAUCUCAAUCCCUUCCUGGAUGCUGCCUCGUCGUCUUCUUCGAGAGUCCAGUUCAGGAAGGUGGCGUCACGCGCGGUGUGGGUGGAGGAUGCCGGCGCGGCGGAGGUGGUGGACAGCAAGGGAAAGCUCUGGCUGACCACCGGUGUCAGCCGGGACGGCAAGCUGUACUACAAUGUCGAGGAGAUUGGGUUCCUGGCAGAAAGAGGGGCAUUGGUUCUCCUCGAUGAUGAGGGUGAAACAAUUGGAAUGGAAGAAAUCUAUGGAAAGAUUGCUGGAGGAAAGUAUGGUUGCUCCUGGGAUGGCUUCCAAGCUUACAAGCACUUGAAGUUGCUCGGUUAUAUUAUUGGACGAUAUGGCGUACCCUGGACAGUUAAGCGUAGCCAUUCCAAUUUCUCCAUCAGUUUGGCUGAUACCGAUCAGAGCUUAAAUGCAGCUGGUGGUGCCUGCAAUGACAUAAGUAAAUUGCUCAAGGAGAUGUCCAUGGAUGAUCUACAUCCAUCCUUUGAAGUGUAUCUACCAAAUAGCAAAUUUAAGAAGUCCUCCCCAGGAGACCCUAGUUUCCUGUUAUGCCUGUUAAGCAAUAAACCACCAUCAAGGGAAGAAAUGGAAACCGCUGAAAACAAGUUUGAGGGCAUUCCUCUAAAAUUUUGUCAUGUUGAUAAUGGACGGGUCAGCUUUCUCUCCUUCAACAAAGCUGGUCUCCCUAGUUUGCCCUGAUGAGAAAGAAGCAGUAUCUGCUACUGUUAGGCUUGUCGCUGAUCUUGUAACGUAUAUCUCUCGGUCGCUCAGCAUAUGGUCUGAGGGUGAAAAAAAUGAUCCAACAGCUCUUUCCCGUUCUUCUCGCUCUUCCCUGGUGGAGAAUCGCACCAGCUCCCAAUAUGAAUAUGUGUGAGACGGAGAGCAUGUUUCAUUUUUUGUCUAGGAUGGGCUCACUUUUUGUUAUUGGGAGUUAGUUUUUAGACAUUUGUUGGAAGAAGUAAUAUAUUCCUUUUUAGAUAUCUGCUGGAGAAAAUAAUAU